CAUUUCGUUCUUGAAGCUUAUUUAAUUUAUGUGCAUAUGUAAUGGCAGCAGUGCCUCAAGGGUCUCCUAUGGAAGGGGUUCCAGGUACACCCGGAAUCCGGGAGAUGAGACCUGAGCACGGCUCCAAGAAUUUUGGGUUUUGCACCGACUCAAGCAGAGACCCGAAUCCGGGGAUAAGGAGGGUUAGUUUGAGAGCAGAGAUCGAUACUUCACCGCCUUUUGUGUCGGUUAAGGAGGCUGUAACCCGGUUUGGUGGCAGCGGACCUAGGGUGCCAUUGUACAAGUUUGGAGAGGCCUAUAACGGGAUUGAAGAGUUUGACAUAAAGAAAGUGGAAGAACAAGCAGCAGAAUUGGAGAAAGAUCUGAUUGUGAAAGAGUUGGAGACUUUGGAUGUGCUUGAAGAACUUGGAACUACAAAAAGGAUUGUGGAAGAUUUAAAGAGACAGCUCCAGAAUGAAGCUUUGAAAUGCAUGGCCACUGCUACACCAGACAACAUGCCAUCUCCUGCUAUCAAAGAAAUGAACAUGGAGCACCGUGAACAGAUUGGAAACGGGGGUUCAAGCCUCUGCCCCAUUUCAUCUCCUGAUUUGAUCUUGAUGGAGUUGAAAGAAGCAAAACUGAACCUUGGUAAAACUAUCAAUGAUCUUGGGGUGAUUCAAACUUUUGUUGGGUCUCUAAAUAAGAAUACGAAGAAAGAGAAAAGUUUACUUGAUAUCACCCUUGAGAGGCUAACUUGUAAGUUUGCAGGGGUGAAGGUGAAGCCACAGAUUGCCAACAAUGUGGGUGCUGCCAAUCAUGGGAGUUUUGAGAAUUGUUCCAACAUCUUAAGAUCUCCAUUUCACAACAACUCGAAGCUCGAGCAGUUUAAGAAAACGGUUGAUCCUGCAAAAACUGAAGUUCCAAGAUCAACGCCACUACCAGGGAAUGAAGAAAAUAGGCCCUGUCGCAGGACUGCUCAAAUGAGAUGGAUUGCAGCCAAGAAGAUGGAGGAAGCCGCCAGGGCAGCUGAGGCACUUGCUCUAAUUGAAAUGAAUGCCCUUACGGGAAUGAAGGGUUUGCCAAGCAAUGACAACUCAUCAGGAUUUUCCCUGCCGGAACCAGAACCCGAACCGUUGCUUGGAACCCCGAAAGUUAUAAGGGCAGAAGAGGUUUCUAACAGGAAAGUAAUCCAUGCAAUGCACAAAUUUGCGGAAGCAAAUAUCUCCAAAAUGUCAAUCUUGAAGAAGCUGGAGGAAGCUUCAGAAGAAGUUAAACAUAGUAAACAAGCAUUGGCAGAGGCUCUUAACAGACUCGAAAUUGCAACCAGAAAGCAACUUGAUGCUGAAGAAGCUCUCAGGAGAUGGAUUCCAGAACAAGAACAGAAGAAACAGGUCAUUUAUAAUGCCACUAAGAUCAACAAUUUCCACCCUCCAAUCCCUCAGCAUCAGCAUCUUCCUCGAUCUCCUUUACAUGAUCUGAUGAACAAGCAAAACCCAACAAUGGAUGAUGAACCAAAGCCUGUAUUAAGGCCGACAGUUUCAAUGAGGGAUAUCUUGAGCAGGAAACAGGUUACUCCUGACGAUUGUGUGGUGAAAAGGCCUAAUGAGGGCCACAAUACUGAAAGGCAAAAGGUUGCUUUGAGUCAAAUGCUUCAUGAACUAAGGGAAGAUCUGACAUUUCCUCAGAUACCUGAUCACCAAAAAGAACACGGGGAUGAUCAAAAGCAGUACUUAACCCAGAGGAGGAAGUUUGGGUUCAUCCACAUCUCUCUUCCAGUGGCAAAGCAAAACAAGAAGAAACCAUAAGCUUUAAACGAAACAUAUAGGACAAAUUUUAUGACUAAAUAGAAGUACCGUUCGGAAUACCAACCGUGACACUGUGUUGCAGCUGUUCCUGGGUGAUUUUUAUUUAUUGUUUUUAUGUUGCUGGCAUCUUUGGAUAUUGGUUUUGGAAAGGUGUGUCUGGAGUUUGUAUUCAUGGAUUCUACGACCAGCCCUGAUUUUUAUUUUUAUUUUUAUUUUUUUAUCGACACCAGCCCUGAAUAUUUAUGGGGUAGAAUUUCAUGUUAUCUAUAUAUCAAAAGGCAUUGAAAUUGUGAUGACUCUUUUGCUUCACAGUA